AUGGAGCCCGCAUGGGGCGGCCGGUCCGCAGCCGCAGAGGGCCCGAACCCGCCUCAGCCCGCCCGCCGGCGUGGUUCCUCCUCUUCAUGCCUCGGCGUCCAGCCCCGGGCGGCGGCGGCAGCGGGGCGGGCGCGCAGGGGAGCAGCUCCCCCGCCCCCGGGUGCUCCCAGCGCCGGCGGGGCGGACCCGGCGGCCGAGCCGGGCCGGGCCGGGGUAGGCACGGGCACGGGCACGGGCACGGGCACGGGCACGGGCACGUGUGAGUGUGCUCUGUGUGCGGCCGUGCCUCCCGCUCCUCCAACAGCCACGGCAGGAGGGAUGCCGCUCCCAGCCCAUCGGUCUAUCUGGCUGCCUAGGGGAAAGGCAUCUACCCCGCGGGGAAGGUUCUGGUCGUAGCAUAAUGUACCUACACCAGUUCCUGAGGAGUCCCUGGUGACAAGAGAUGGAAGAAGUCAAGCUUCCCAGGACAGGUAUUAUUGCCAGCACUACAGGGUUCAGAAUGGUGCAGGAUGAGGUAAUAAACUUUCUUGCUCCAGAGUUUAACUGAUUCAACAGAAACUGAAAAAAUAAUAAAUUAAGAAAAAGCUGAAGACAUUACACUAUGGAAAACAACAUUGCAUUUCCUUGUCACGUCACAAAUUGGCCCAGAGAGGCUGCUUGCCCAUGUGGAGGGACUUUGCCCAGUGUCAGAUGACAUCUUUCUUCACCUCUUCCUGGCACAGCAAUUUUGUAUAAAAGACACAUUAAGAUUUCAAGACCACAUUUUAAUGGGAUUGCUUUCUGGACUGAGGUUUGAAAAAGUAGGUUCAGUUUGCCUGUGGUUUUAAAUUGAAGUAGAUCAUCCCUCCUAUUUAGUGCUCCUAGAAGCAUGCCAUUCCUGCUCCAAAAACUAAAAAAAAAAAAAAAAAAGAAAAAGUAUCUGCAGGUUAUUAAAAUAAUUCCUCUUUUUGCCAUCAAUGUAGGAAUGUAAGAACAUGAUAAAACAUACCCCCCAGUUAAAAAACAACUUCUUCUUGUGACUUGAAGGCCCCACAGUGGUAUACUGACUGCACAUAAUACCAAAAUUUAGUUUACAUCAGUCAGAUCUGAUGAGCUGAAACUCUUUAUGCCUAUAUUACCUGAAGUGAAGGAGGAGAAAAAAUAACAAUUUUUUUUUAUGUAGAGACAUUUUUACAUAAGAGCAGUCAUGGAAUACAGAAGCACGCAAAUAUUUUGCCAGCCUUCUAAAGCUUAAAUUUUAAGCCAUGUAUGGGUGUGCUCUGUGAUUUCAGCAGGGUUUCUAUGUUCAGAGCAAAGCAUCUAGGGAGUGUUCACAUAUUCCAGACUGCACUCUAUUUCAAAAGUGCUGAGCUGUGAGUAUUUAGCACCUCUCAGACCUCUAAGCACCUCUUAUUUUAUAUACCUAGCUCUGACAUGACAGCCUUACCACGGCACAGCAUGUGGGCUUUGUUUGAAGGAAGUGGAAUAUGCAAUUACUUUGUUUCCAUACUAGUUUCUAGUACAGUAAAUUGUGUUGAUUAAAAAAA